UACACUUAAAACAACACACUCAGCAUUGUCUCUCACUUGUCCAGCACCAUCUUAUCCCCAUAACAAAGCUCAGCCCAAACCAUCAUGCCCCUAACCCUCCUUGCCUACCUCUACCGCAAACCCGGCACCACCCCAGCGUACUUCAAAGACUACUACGAGCAUCACCAUCUCCCUAUGGUCAAACAAAUGACUGGCGCUUCAUUCCCCACGAGACACAAACGGUACUACCUCCCUCGCACCCCUAACAAUGCCGGAUCCAUGGACCUCACUAACGCCUACUACGCACCAACGGUGUUGGCCGGCAAACCGGACGAUUUUCCCUGGGAUGUGUAUGUGGAGAUGGUCUUCCAGGAUAGGCAGCAUUUUCAGGCUUUUCGGGAUGGAUUGGAUGCGCAGGGAGAGCGGGUUGCGAGUGAUGAGAUGAAUUUUAUGGAUCGCACGAAGGUUUUUGUGGCAGAGGUGGAGGGGCCGUUUGAGUUGUGGGCAUAAAGGAUGGAUGGUGGGAUUGCUUUAGAAACAGAGAGGAGCACAAUAGGGAGUAAGGUACCUUAGAUGCUGAGGACUGCUACGAGUGAUUGCCAUUCAAAUUUGUACUAGCACUAGUACAGUGUGAGAUUUUAUCAUGCAGUUUAUAGUAGUUAGCACCUGUGCUAGGAGUACUAUGUCCUCGCUAUAUCUAAUAUAGCACUAAUACAUGCAUGAACACCAUAACAUAGUCGC